AUGACAGACAGGAGCGAAGAAGCGCAGGAUUUCGUGGACGACACACUUAAGCUAAACCGUCACGAAGAAAUCGAACUACCGACUUUAACGAACGUACCGAACUUAGUGAAUCAAAUACAAUUCUCCAAAAAUGUACAUAUACCAGAGAGAGGGACUUGGGGUAGUAAAUUAGAUUUCAUUUUAUCCGUGGUAGGACUGGCUAUAGGUUUAGGAAAUGUAUGGAGAUUCCCAUACUUAUGCUAUAAAAACGGUGGUGGUGCUUUUCUCGUACCGUAUUUUAUCACCUUGAUCCUCGCUGGCAUACCGAUGUUUUUCAUGGAACUUGCACUCGGCCAAAUGAUGACCAUCGGAGGGCUUGGAGUAUUUAAAAUCGCACCCAUUUUCAAAGGUAUUGGAUACGCAGCCGCUGUGAUGUCGUGUUGGAUGAAUAUCUACUACAUUGUUAUCUUGGCAUGGGCUAUAUUUUACUUCUUCAUGUCGCUAAGAGCAGAUGUGCCAUGGAGAACCUGCAACAACUACUGGAACACGAUUUACUGCGUAAACCCUUACGAUCGCAGCGCGUUAAAUUGUUGGAAUAAAUUGAACCCGAAUAACACUCUCACCAAAAUGUGUCAAAUCAAUCAGUUCAACGUGUCCGUGAAUGAAUUAACGGAUCCCGUUAAGGAGUUUUGGGAACGCAGGGCGUUGCAGAUUUCCGAGGGUAUCGAACACGUAGGCUCGAUUCGAUGGGAACUGGCUGGUACUUUAUUACUGGUUUGGAUAAUCUGCUACUUCUGCAUUUGGAAAGGGGUUAAAUGGACUGGGAAGGUGGUGUAUUUCACGGCGCUUUUCCCAUACGUGCUCCUUACCAUCCUUCUCAUCCGCGGUAUAACUCUGCCUGGUGCUAUGGAAGGUAUAAAGUUUUACGUCAUGCCUAACAUGUCAAAACUGACGCAGUCGCAAGUGUGGAUCGACGCAGUGACCCAAAUCUUCUUCUCGUACGGAUUGGGAUUAGGAACUCUAGUCGCUUUGGGGAGCUACAACAAAUUCACCAACAACGUUUAUAAGGAUGCGUUGAUUGUCUGCUCGAUCAACUCUAGCACUAGCAUGUUUGCAGGUUUUGUUAUAUUUUCUGUCGUUGGUUUCAUGGCUCACGAACAGCAACGACCCGUAGCAGAAGUCGCUGCUUCAGGACCUGGUCUAGCGUUUUUAGCUUAUCCUUCAGCAGUGCUGCAGUUGCCUGGAUCGCCGCUUUGGGCCUGCCUGUUCUUCUUCAUGAUCCUUCUAAUCGGUCUCGACUCACAAUUCUGCACCAUGGAAGGAUUCGUCACGGCCAUCAUCGACGAAUGGCCGUCACUUCUAAGACGUAGGAAAGAACUGUUUAUUGCUGUCGUUUGCGCUCUUUCUUACCUUGUCGGAUUGUCUUGUAUCUCACAGGGAGGAAUGUACGUGUUCCAAAUUUUAGACUCUUACGCUGUCAGUGGCUUCUGCCUGCUCUUCUUGAUAUUCUUCGAAUGCAUUGCGAUUUCCUGGGCGUUUGGAGUUAAUAGAUUUUAUGAUGGUAUUAAGGAGAUGAUCGGGUACUACCCGAUUAGUUGGUGGAAGUUUUGUUGGACCGUUACUACGCCUUUUAUAUGCGUUAGCGUGUUCAUCUUUAAUUUGGUACAAUGGGCGCCUGUAAAGUAUUUAAAUUAUGAAUUCCCAUUAUGGGCACACCUAUUCGGUUGGGUCACCGCACUAACCUCGAUGCUUUGUAUUCCAGGAUACAUGAUCUAUAUUUGGUAUGUCACACCGGGUGAUAGGAAAACGAAAAUGCGACUUCUUGUUAGAAUAGACGAUGACGUGAGGGCCAUCAGAGUAAAAAUGCACCCGCACUCAGCAGGUUCUUGA